AUUCCGGGUUAUAUGGAUUGGGGUGUUACAGGUCAACUCUCUUACAAGUUGAUCUUGCAAGUCCUAUUGUUCGGAUCUUGCAGUUGUUGAAGAAGCUUGACCUUCGAAGGAACAACAAAGCCAGCACGAGUGCAGUAGCAACAUUGGUCUUGUGAAGAUAUACCGUGCAGAAAUUCACACAAGUGUAACUGUUGGUUCAUUAUUCAACAACCAACUACAUAGUGGAUUUUGAGGACGUAGAAGGAUUACCCCACCUUCGAACCUCGUUAAAAUGAAGAUUAUCAACGUUUCUUCCUCCGGAAAACUUGGACGCUUGGAAGGGACAUCAUGACAGUGACUAAAUGGUCUCCAAAUUUACGUCCGGAGGAGGACUCCCCGAUUGUUCCGGUCUGGAUUACUAUUCCUAACCUUCCUAUUCAUCUACACGACCAGAAGGCACUUUUCUGUAUUACCUCUGCGUUGGGUAAACCCUUGAAAGUUGAUAAUGCCACCCUUAACUUUGCUAGACCUAAAGCGGCUAGGGUUUGCAUUGAAGUGGACGUUUCCCAGACACUCCAUCAGCGUAUACAUGUUAAGCAUGUUGAGGAAGACCUUUUCUUUCAGGUUAUUUAUGAAGAUCCUCCAUCUUUUUGCUCUUCUUGUCAUAGGUUGGGUCAUUCUUCCCUUUCAUGUUUACCGGAAAAGCUGCCGGAAAAGUUGCCGGUAGCGGAGUCCGUUCCUCCCAUGAAGGAUAAGGGCAAGGAGAUGUUGGAUGCUUGGACUACUGUUCAACGUAAGGGUAAUAAAAAUUCAUCAAAACCGAAGGUUACGUGGGUCCAAAAGUCCACUACGUCGCAGGUUCCAUCUCCAUGCAUGCCAUGUCAGGAGGAAACUUCUAAAGCAGGUGCUAAGCGUAGGCCCCAGAUUCAUUUCAUUGGGUCACAGGAAGUGCUCUUUCUUGACAAUAAUGGCCUUGCUUAUUCUUCCUGUGAGCCUAGUCCAACGGUUAAGCCUACCCCUUUUGAAAAUAUCUCACUUGGCUUGGCCAAUGAAGUUUUGGUUUCAGAUUCUCCUUCAGUUCCAUCUAUGGAGCAACUGAUCUGUGAUUUACCUAUUUGUGAUCUCCAAGUGGACAUCCCUGUUAAAAAAACUUCCUCUUCUGCUCCUCCUUCACCAAAGAGGAUUAGGACACGUUCAGACUAUAAAAGUGGUUCAGCUUUUACAUGGCAUGGGGUACGUAGCACUGGUAAUAUUUGGAGGCGUCUUGAUAGAGUUUUCUUUAAUACUGGCUGGGCAGAUCAUUGGGACAUCUUGUCUAUGCAUCACCUUGCUAAAGGGGGUAGUGAUCAUUGUCCUAUUCUCUUCAGCUCCAAGCUUGGUGAUACGGCCCAUAAAAUUCGAGUUGUUAAGUGGUUAGCUCCUCCUAAGGGGCGCCUCAAGCUUAACAUUGAUGCAUCCUUCACCUCUGGGUCCAAACGUGGUGCAGCGAUUCUUCGAGAUGAUGAGGGCAGAUUUGUGCGUGCGUCUUCCUUUUCAGUCUCUGGUUCAUCCCCCUACCAAGCCGAACUAGAUGCCUCCAUCAAAGGUAUUAAAUGGGCUCUCAACUUUCAUCAUCUUCUUGUUUAUGAAACUGAUGCCUUGGAGAUUUUGAAGAGAAUUGGAUAUUACACGUAUUACACUCAUUCUCCUUUUCCGAUAGAUACCUUAGCCAAACUGAUUCAUGAGAAUGACGUCUGGCGCUCACAUACCUUGCGGGAAGGUAACCAUGCUGCGGAUCUCUUAGCUAAGGAGGAUAGGGACAAAGAUUGUUCUUUCAUUGAAUACUGUAAUUUUAGGGACUGUCCUUCAUCUGAAAUAGAAAGUAUGAAGCGGCAUUCUUCAACAAUAUCAAAACAGUCUAAAGUUCCCAAAACAACUUCGCAUUCUCAGAAAGAGAUUGAAUCAUUGGAUACUAUUAAUGAUGUGCCAUCUUUUCAAUCAUCUGAGACGAUUGAAAGUAAUGUACAAUGUAACGAGGCAAGUGAAAAUUCAAAUGACAUAAUCGACUUGUGCGGGAUGACAGAAGAAGUGUACUUGGCAGCUUUGAAAGCCAACGAAAGGGCCGAUAUUUGGGUGCAUUUUACCAGAAAGUUUGUGUCUGCUUUUGACAUAUUGAAAGAAGACGAUGGUCACUACCCGGGAUAUUUUAAAACUGACAAAUCCAACAAAGAAGACAAAGGAAGGGAGGGGCCACCUUCUUGUGAUGAUUGGGAAAAAGCUGAGGUAUUUGCUCAUUAUUUAAGACCUUUUUAUGAAGUUACUUUAAAGGUUUGUUGUUCAAACACUCCAACAGUUUCAAAUCUUUUUGGGGAUUUAGUAAAAAUUGGAGGUGUCAUGAAAGAACCUGGAAGUACACUUCUAUCUUCUAUUGUGAUACCUAUGCAAGCUAAAUAUGAUAAGUAUUGGGGGGAUCUCACUAAGGUGAAUGAUUAUGUAUUGCUUGGAAUGGUUCUUGACCCGCGAUAUAAAUUUGAGAAACUUGGGGAUUAUUUGGAGUUAAUUUAUGGGGAGUCAGAUAAAAGGGUUGAAGACACCAUUACGGAGUUGAAGAUAUUUUUGGUUUCUCUACUUAACUUGUAUGCUUCAGAUGGAUGUUCACCUUCUCAAAUGACUCAAACAACCACUACUAAUGGUUCUCAUAAGUUUCCAGUUUCACUCGAAGCAAAUUCUGUUUUACCAAUGACACAAGUUGAGAGGAAAUUGGUAGAAAAGGAGCAAAAGCGCAGAGCGAACAAAGCUGGUAUUGUAAGCAACGACGUGGAUAGGAGUACUCAUGUUGCUUUACAUCACGAGCCUACAAUUGAAGAGAUGGAAUUUUACAAAGAACUUGAGAAAGAAAUUUCAAAUGAAGGUGGACUUGAAGGGUCUAAAUUGCCUCCAAAGGUUACAAGAUAAACAAAGAAGGUUUAAUUUGGAAGAUGUGCCUGCCAUUUUUAAUUUGAGGAUAUAAGUGAUGCCUCCUACUUUAAAAAAAUAUUACAUGACUUGUUGAAAACUAGAACUUUUUUUGUGAACCAUUAUGAUGUUUUUGACUUGUUGUUAUGCAUUGUGAAUCUCUAUGCAGUUUUUGGGUUGAUACUUGCAGUUUUUGGACAAAUAUUUGCAGUUUUUUUGAAUGACAGCUUUUUUGAUUGGUCACCCACAAGAUUGGAUGUCAAUUGCCUAAUCCAUAGCAUCACAGAUCAAAUAUGUGUCUUCAUUCACAUAAAGGCUUGAAGUCCAG